AUGAUUAGUUGCUCCAACUUCAACUUAUUGAUUCUCGUUAUCUUGGUUUUGAUCCUUUCGAAAAUAUGCAUUUCCCGUCAAAAUCAAGUCGAGGAUCGAAUUGAAGUUCUAAAAGAAUUAAUGAGACAACGCCCUCUUCCUAUAAACACUAUAAACCCGCGCAAAAAACUUCAUUUGUAUAAUUUUUACUGCACAGUAUUUUAUUCACAUUCGGAAUAUCUUAAUGUUCCAAAUGACCCAAAACUAAAAGUACUUGUUAGUAAAUUAUUUAGUGAAGAAUCAAAAGAAACUAAAGAAUAUUACCAGUCAAUAUACAAAUAUCUUGUAGAAUCAAAUAAAAAUAAUAAAUCAACUUACAACCAUAAUAAUAUAAAAUCAAAAGAAAAUGAUAAGUCAAUUCGCGACUAUAUUAUUGUAGAAAUGGAAUCAAAAGAAAAUAAUAAGUUAGCUCGCGAAUAUACUAUAAAAUCAAAAGAAAAUAAUGGGUUAAUUCGCGACUAUACUUUAAAAUCAAAAGAGAAUAAUAAGUUAGCUCGCGAAUAUAUUAUAGAAAUGGAAUCAAAAGAAAAUAAUAAGUUAGCUCGCGAAUAUACUAUAAAAUCAAAAAAAAAUAAUGGGUUAAUUCGCGACUAUACUUUAAAAUCAAAAGAGAAUAAUAAGUUAGCUCGCGAAUAUAUUAUAGAAAUGGAAUCAAAAGAAAAUACUACUUUUACAGUGUAUAGUAAAAAUCAAAAGGAGAAGGAUGAAAGAAAUAAGAGUAGUUUUUUAUAUAAUUUUUUGAAUUUUUGUUUUUUUUGA